CAGACGCCGGUGUUUUGAAACUUUUGAACUUGGCCACAUACGCCCUCCAUGUCACGUCAGGCCUCGAGACCGGCGGAAUCCAAGCGAGUUGUAAGUCCAUGGCUAAAAUCGAUUAACACAAUUUUAGACGGCUGAGUUGUUUGCUCUUACUUACGGCUCACUAGUAGCGACCAUUGCGAAAGAUUUCGAAACGGAUUCGGAAAUUAAUGAUCAGCUGGAUAAAAUGUACAUGCUCUACAUGACAAAGCGCUUAUUUUUUUUACAGAGGCUUUAAUAUUGGACUUCGCAUUGUUGAAGAUUAUUUAGCUCGUGGAAAUCCUGGACGUUGUGCGGACUUCAAGGAAACCGCUGCUGCGCUGGUGAAGGGAUUCAAGCUAUUUUUGGGAAUUACUCCAAACGUGAGCAAAUUCAGCGCAACUGGGGACGAGUUUUCCAUCACUUUGGAUACAAACCCUCUGACAGAGUUCGUUGAUCUUCCUCCAGAGCAUCCAAAACUUCUCUAUUCAAAUGUUUUGGCCGGUGCUAUCCGAGGGGCUCUUCAUAAUGUCCAGUUGGAAGUGGAUGCCAGAUUUGUGCAGGAUCAACUUCGCGGUGACCAGUUCAACGAGAUUCGUGUAAAAUUUAUUCGGCGAAUCAAGGAGGUGGUUGCCGGCGAAGACUAACUACUUCAUUAUGUGUUCUGACUGUGAUUCCUGCUAUUUCACUCGUUUUUUUCACGCACCUCUUUGUUAACUUCGUCAAUAUACCUUGUAUCAAACUGUUUUUCUGUGUUCUAGUGGUGUACUUCAUAAGACUCUUAAAAAUCCUGCGUAAUUUCUACUAUAGCCAUGUCUUCUGGACAGUCAUUCACUCAUUCGGCCACCCCAAUUCUGGAGGGCUGGUUGAUCAAGGCAUUGCGUUUGGUUCAUUCAAAAAAACCUGGCGAUCAGGAACGUCUUCGGAAAAUGUACAAAGAUGCCUGUGAGAACGAGGCAGCAGUUUCACGUAUGACCAUCGCAGAGGCGUUGCGGGAGCCGAGAGACAGUAGUCGUUCGGAUACACCAGAGCGUGAACCACCCGUGAGUACAUCAACUCGAAUCCACCCGGCGCCUCCGUUCACUGAUCCUCAAACUGCCAAUACACAAUCCGCGUCGACAGGAGAUCCUAUUACGGUCACAACUUCCACGAAUCCUUCAGACAAUUCAGUUCCAAGUGCAGUUCAGUCCUCAGCGGCCGGGAAGACCUCUAAGCGUACUAAAGUGGCCUUCUUCAACAUGUUUGAUCCCUCUAGUUCCAGUAGCAUGCGACCGACCUCAAAUCCAGCUGUCGUGAAAUCAGCGCUCAGCAGUUCCAACCCCAGUUCGGUUGUCAUCGACUUAACAACCAGUCCUUCCUACCAGAGUGCUGUGAGACCGGUGGACGUCCUUGUUCCUGCUAACACCACCACCACAACAACCGAUGUAUCCCAGUCCUGUCAUACUGUUUCUUCAAUGCCGGGCAGUUUAAAUACCACUGCGAUAGAUUUGACUGUCACUGAAUCCGUUACACAGGCUGCUGGAUCAUCGUCAUCCUCGUCGACCACUCAGGACAAGUUAGCCGGUCCGGCGGACGCACAUUUCGUCGCUAGUCUGGUGGCCGAUCUUACGUGCUGCGUGUGCGGCAAAAUUACGCCACAACCGCAGCUCGAACCUGACGGGAAAACCAUGAGUUCUAACGUUCUGGUUGAAUGUUGCCAAUGUGGUGCUCUCUACCAUCAAUUGUGCCAUCAGCCUCCAGUGCUCUCAUCGCGUGGCACAAAUCCUCAACAAUGGCUUUGUACGAACUGUACUCAAGUGGCCGAACCCACGACGCUGAGUGAUCCCGUGGUUCUUAUUGAGACGUUCAGUGCAGACGCCACUAGCGAUGUCAGACAGAUCCCUUCACCUGGGCCAAAUACGGGAGCGCGCAAGAGAAAAGCGGGAUUGACGGGUUCCGCAAUGUCAUCCUCGAUUCGAAGGCUUUAACCCUUGAUGAAUAUUGAUAUGACGACUGUAAAUAGCUUUUUGUGAUUUCAAAGGUAGACAUACCUGAUCAG